AUGAAGCCCAUGGUCCAUCAAGAUACCUGGUUCCUCCGGAUCACGCCCCCGGAGUCCGACGCACCCGCGACUGCUGCUCCCACUGUUCGCUGGGAGCGUCGCAAGAAGCCCGCCAACUCCCCCAACCCGCCUCGAGCCGGUGCCACCAUGGCGUACCACAAGGGACGUGGUAUCAUGUUUGGCGGUGUCCAUGAUGUGGAACUUAGCGAAGAGGGUAUUGACAGCGAGUUCUUCGAUACUCUGUUCGCUUGGAAUACCGAUAGGAAUCGCUUUUUCCCAUUGAGUCUUCGUCGCCCACGAGCUCCGGGUAAGAAGCAACUAGCCAACCAGGCAUCUAAAUCCCGGGACCGUAGCAAGGCCGACGAAGAGGAGCUGUUGCAGAACCUGAAAGCGUUGGAAGCGAAAGGCGGCAUCAAUAACCAGGAUGAUGAUGAAAUGGAUCUGAGGACGCCGAAGCAGGAUGAAGAGCCUGCUCAGCCGGAGAAGCCGUCUGUCGUGCGCUUUGAGAUGCCCCACCGUCGCUUCAAUGCUCAUCUGGCGGUUCAAGACGACACUCUGUUCAUUUUCGGUGGAACCUUCGAGAAGGGAGACCGCGAAUUCACGUUCAAUGAUAUGUACUCGAUCGACUUAGUCAAGCUCGACGGUGUCAAGGAGAUCUUCUACAACGAACCGGAAAACUGGCACCUUCUCAACGAGGCCGAGAGCGACGAUGAGAUGGACGAAGAUGACGAGGAGGAUGACGAGGAGGAAGAGGAAGAUGAAAUGUCUGUGGACAAUGCCUCCCCCGCUCCUACGGAAGUCACCGUGCCGUCCGUGACUCAAGAAAUGGAGCAGCUGGAAGUUGAGGAGCCGGAAGGCGAGCCAUCCGUACAGGAUAGCAGACCUCUUCCUCGACCGUUCGAGAGCUUGCGCGAGUUCUUCAGCCGUACCUCCGAGGAGUGGCAGAAGAUUUUGCUUGAGACCCUGCGGGAGAAGGGCCUGGCGGCUGAAAAGAAUAUCAAAGAGCUGCGCAAGGAUGCGUUCAACAUUGCCGAGGAGAGAUGGUGGGAUAGCAGAGAAGAGAUCAUGGCUUUGGAAGAUGAACAAGAAGCGUCAGGAAUUGGCGAAGUGGUCAGCAUUGCUGACCGGGGUGAGAAUGUUGGAGGUGCUGGAAGACGCCGAUAG